AUGUACAGCAGCACUCGGCAGCUGGCCUACGCGCCUACGCCCUACAUCCCGCGCUCUGCCCUCAAUGCAACCAUCAAUCUCGAUGAGGAAGCCAAACUGGCCACGACCAAUGCCGAGCGCGAUCUCAACGACUCGCUGGCGGAGAUCUACAGCAUCAUCAUCACGCUUGAUGGCCUCGAGAAGGCCUUUCUCAAAGAUUCGAUCAACGAGGCCGACUACACCGAGACGUGCAGCAGGCUCCUGAAGCAGUACAAAUCCAAUCUUGCCGACGAGACCAUUGCAAAGGCCUUUGGCGACUUGGACCAGUUCAGAAGAGAAUGGGAUCUCGACUGUCCACGAGCGACUGAACGACUGCGCGUAGGCGUUCCCAUUACUGUCGAACAGGGCCCGUCGCGCACGACAGCCCAACAAGGCGAUUUCGCCGAUGCGACACUCGUUGUCAACGCAACCGAGACGUUCAUCACCCUGCUUGACGCCAUCAAGAUUGGUUUGGUGGAGAAGGACACACUGCAUCCGCUGCUGGUGGAGAUUAUCCAGUCCGUCAACCAGGUUACAGACAAGGAGUUCGAGAACAAAGGCAAAAUCGUCCAGUGGCUUAUCACGCUGAACCAAAUGCGAGCCUCCGAGAAGCUGGACGACGAGCAGGCGCGGCAGUUUCAGUUCGAUAUGGACCAAGCAUACUACGGCUUCAAAGCGACACUGAAGAAAGACUAA